AUGAUAGGAUUAUUUGUAGUUGAAGCUAUUGUAGGAAUGCGUAAAAACCUUUCGAAAAUAGAGUAUCAAGUCAAAUGGCUUGGCUAUUCCAAAGAUGAAAAUACAUGGUAAUUUGUAUUUUACUAAGAAACAACCCUGUAGGGAAUUACAAGAAAACUUAGUCUAAAAUUGCAGUGAUCUCAUCAACCAAUAUCAUUAAAACCAAUUUUUUCAAAAAUUCAAAGGUCUCAUCACUGAUUACUAAGAGAUCAAGGGAAGUCUGAGAACUGACAAGCCUUUCCAAAUUGUUAGAGAAUUUGAAACUCAAUUUUUAGUUAAAUUUAUUAAUUAAUUUAGAUUGCCUAUUAUCCAAGGAAAAAUAGGUUUGUCGGUUCAUCUCUAAUUAAUAAAUCAGAAGCUCCCAUAGACCUAUUAUAAGAAUUUUAUUGUAAAUAGGAGGAAGAUACAAAAUAACAAGAAUACAACAAUUAAUAAAUCGGUUGCGUUUUAGAGUUUUCUGAAAAAUAAUCGUACGUUGUUUUGUUAGAAUCUAAGGAAAGAGUGUUUGUUGACAACCAAAUAAUUAUCGAUCGAUAACCAGAGCUUUUACUCGACUAUUUUGAAAAUAUGAAUUGGAUCACCACAUUAGAAUGA